ACCCCGCAUGCCGCCGAUAACAGCGGAAGAUAUCACGAAGCUGUGUGAAGCCGUUCCUCCGGAUUUAGCGGAACUCAUUCGAAAAUACCCCGAGAUUUUCCCGGACGAUCUACCCACCGGACUUCCGCCAAGCCGACCCGAAGACCAUCGCAUAGAGCUGGAACUAGGCGCACAACCGAUAGUACAGCGACAAUUUCGGCUCAGCCAACCUGAACUCGAAGAAUUGCAGCAGCAGCUGGAUUACCUCCUGACGAAGGGUUUUAUCCGACCCAGCACGUCCCCAUACGCCGCCCCGAUACUGUUCACACCGAAAAAAGAUGGAGGAUUCCGCAUGUGCAUCAACUACCGCGCGCUCAACCGCAUCACCAUCAAGUCCCGUUACCCGAUCCCGCGAGCCGACGAUCUCCUCGACCAACUUCGCGGAGCCAAGUUCUUCUCAAAAAUCGACCUGCGAGGAGGUUACCAUCAAAUUCGCGUCGCCGCCGACGAUUGUCACAAACCCGCUUUCCGAACCCGCUACGGCAGUUACGAAUACCCGGUGAUGCCCUUUGGCCUCACGAACGCUCCCUCGACUUUUCAGAUGACUAUGAACGGUCAGCACUUAAAGGAUCUUGAUGCAGUCUUCACGCUGCUGCACAAGAAUCGCCUCAUCACGAAAGGGUCUAAGUGCGAUUUUCUUAAGCAGGAGUUGGAGUUUUUGGGACACGUCGUCUCUACCGAAGGCGUGAAAAUCGACCCCAAGAAAAUCAAGACUAUCCAGGAAUGGAAGCCGCCGACCAACCCUAAGGAACUGCUGAGUUUUCUGGGUUUCGUCAACUACGUCCGCCGCUUCAUCCCCAAUAUGGCUGGGUUAUCUGCUCCACUAACUGACCGCCUGAAGGAUCACGACUGUUUUUGGUGGGGAGAGAAGCAGCAAGCUGCAUUCGACCAACUCAAAAUCGCCCUCACGUCGCCGCCCAUACUUCGCAUCUCCGAUCCCGACCGUCCAUACGAAGUCGUCACCGUCGCCAGCGACAUCGCCAUCGGUGCAGUUCUCCUACAGGAUUUCGGCGACGGGUUACAACCAGUCGCCUACGAAUCACGGAAGCUGCAGGGCGCGGAGAAGAACUAUACAGUACACGACAAGGAAAUGCUGGCGAUCGUGCACGCGUUCAAAACCUGGCGGUGCUACCUGACAGGAGCUGAUGUCACGGUGCGGACGGACCACAAAUCCUUACAGUAUCUGCGCGCCCAACCGAAUCUCAACCCGCGACAGAUCCGAUGGCUCGAUUUCCUCGAGUCCAAUUUCCAUUACACCAUCACCUACAAACGGGGUGCCAAUAAUAUCGCCGAUGCCUUAACCCGCCCUACUGUCCAUACCGCCGCGAUACUAGUCGCCCAGACCAACCCAUUACUUACGGGACUAUUCACCCACGGCUACAAGAUCGAUCCCUUUUUCCGCUCAGCCAUCCAUCAACAGCAUACCACCGCCACCGGGCCAUAUUUUUAUAAGCGUGGUACUUCUCGCAUUUGGAUGUUGCAGCGGAAUUAUUACUGGCCGAACAUGGCCGAUGACGUGCGCAAGUACGUGUCCUCCUGCACUGCCUGCCAUAUUAUGAAAUCGUCGCAUCAGCGAGCAGCCGGACUACUACAGCCGUUGGAUCCGCCCGGGCGACCCUGGCAACAGGUCACGAUGGACUACGUGACAGGACUACCGGCCGGUCCCAGCGGAAACGAUGUCAUCCUCGUGGUCGUUGACCAACUCACGAAAAUGGCGCACUUCAUCGCCUGCCAACAGACAAUCACAGCCGAACAAACCGUGCGACUGUUCCUCACGAACGUCAUCCGACUGCAUGGACUGCCCUCCGCCAUCAUUUCAGACCGAGACCCGAAAUUCACAUCGAAUUUCUGGCGCCAGCUGUGGGACCAAUUCGGCACCAAACUCCAAUUUUCAUCCGCCUACCACCCACAAACCGACGGGCAGACCGAACGCGUCAACCAGACCAUGGAACAACUGAUUCGCACUACCUGUACUGACCCAUCAACAUGGGAGCAAUCUCUUCCGCUGCUCGAAUUCGCGUAUAAUAACGCGACCUCCGCCACAACCAACCAGUCCCCAUUCUUCCUCAACUACAGACAGGACCCAUGAAUGCUAGAGGUUGCGACAUUU